AUGUGGACGGCUCACAAAGCUGAGAUCCAAGGGUACGCGGACUGCAGAGAGUGAAAGAGCUUCUUUUCCGCGAUCACAGCUGUCUAUGGUCCGCCGACCAAAGGCACUGCUCCUCAGCGCCGACGGUAAUACCCUCCUCACUGAGAAGUCACAACUUCUAUAGCGAUGGGCAGAGCGUUCUCAACCACCCCUCCACCGUCCCCGAUGCCGCCAUCGCCCGUCUGCCGCAAGUGGAGACCAAAGUGGACCCCGACCUUCCGUCCUCUUUGCAUGAAACCACCAGGGCCGUGCAGCAGCUCUCCAGCGAAAAAGCACCCGGAUCGGACGCGAUCCCUGCUUAG